AUGGCAAGCCGGUGGGGGAAUGACUUAUGGGGAACAUUUGGGCAUAGUUGGCGCAAUGACAUGGGACAAGUGCGUUUUGUGGGGACGGGAGUUUUUCAGGAGCGGCCGGCGUGGGAGGCGCGCUACCUCAUGAAGGAGCACCGGCGCGCCGGCAAGGCCACCUUCCAGGGCCAGGUGUACAACUUCCUGGAGAGGCCGUCCGGCUGGAAGUGCUUCGUCUACCACUUCUCUGUGUGA